UAUUUCAAAAUUAUAAUUGUUUAAACUUAAUAAUCUUGAAUGAUUUUAUGAAAAUAAUGUUAUCAUUGUUAUGCGCUAGAAUCUUUUAUCUAUAAUUUAAAACGUAACUACCUAUCUUAAGAUAAAAGGUAUGACGUAAAAUUUAAAUUUUGCAAUAUAAUAAAAUUAUUAUGUCAAAAAAAAAUCGAAAAGUCUUUUCUACAAGAAAUCAAAAAUAUAAAAAGAGCAUAGAAGAAUGUACAAAUAUCAUUGCCACUUCUCCUUUUUGGAUACAAUUUUCGUCAACUAUUAAAGUGGUACUAAAUGGAUCCAAUCCAUCAUCAAUCCUGUGCUAUGGAUUAGGAAAUUUUUUUGAAAGCAUACAAUCUAAAUACCAAUUAGGUUUACUUUUAACAAUUAAAAAUGAAUUUAAAAUAAAGAACUGUUAUGUUUAUGAUCCUAAAUUCACGGACGCUGAGCGUACCCAUUUAGCUGAGGUUGGAUGCGAUUCACUUAGUGAAAAUGAAGAAGGAAAACGAAGUUUAUUACCUGGUACAUUUGUAUAUAUGCCUCAUUGUCCUAAACAACUAUUAAAUAAUUUAUUAUGGGCAAAUUGGAAUAAGGAGAUACUAGCAAGUUGUAUAAUUGUUUGUAAUAGCAUUGACCAAACAGUGACUUCAACUUUGGACCGAGUUUUAAAUAAAUAUGCUUAUUAUGUACAAAAAAUAUCUCCAUAUGUCAUAGAAAAAAAAUGUUGUGAUAAUUUUAUGUAUGAUGAUGUUUUUAAUGAUAUGGCACUUCAUAUUUUUCCUGAUGAAAAAUUAAAAGAACUAGAAAAUAUUUUUUGGGAACGUAGUAAAGAACCAUUGUAUGAUAAUGAUGAACUAGAAUUUAUAACAAAAUUUGAGUGUAUGUCUUUCCAAUCUUAAUAUAUAAACUUUAUAAUUACUUAAAACAACAAAACAAUUGUAUUUUG